GGAGGCCGCCAGUUGGCCAUUAGCUGUCACUUUAGUUGGCGCGCGGUCUGAGUGCACCAUCGCUCGUCACGACGGGCUCCUGCUGUUUUUCCUCAGUUUGAUUCAGUUCUUUUUUUCCUCCCUCUAGGAAAACCUCCCCCCUACACCUGCAGCUCGUCCAGUGACCGUUUUCAGUUCGUUAAUGGUACCUACCUUGAGGUGAUUUCGGGGCUUAGCGACCCCGCGGCCCGGUCGUCGACCGAGCCUGCCUAUUGUGAGGAGGACAGCUGUGACACUACCACUACCACCACUAUAAAGUUUUGAAGAGCACCAACUUCUGAACCAUAUCCCGGGAGUGGCAUAAAGUACCAAUUCAGUCAAAAGGAGUCGAAGAGCAGCAGCCGCAUCGGUGCCAAGUGAUAGCCGGGCAGGACCCAGCAUUUAACGGCUUCAAAGUGAGCGUGGAGUCGUGGAUGUCUGGCAUGAUGAACGGCAUGGACUCUUGCACACAAAAUGGCACCGCCUCGUCCAAUUCCUCCCAGAGCGGCCACAUCGAGGAGUCCAAGACUAACCUUAUCGUCAAUUACCUACCGCAGAAUAUGACCCAAGAAGAGAUCCGCUCUCUCUUCUCCUCUAUAGGCGAACUGGAGUCCUGCAAACUUAUCAGAGACAAGGUCACAGGUGAGUCAGGUGAGAGAGUGGGUGAUGGUGAUGGCUUGGUGGCAGGCGGGCCCAAGUGUCAGAGUCUGGGCUACGGGUUCGUCAACUACGUUCGCCAGGAUGACGCUGAACGAGCCAUUAACCAACUCAAUGGUCUACGACUCCAAAACAAAACGAUUAAGGUGUCGUACGCGAGGCCGAGCAGCGAAGCUAUUAAGGGCGCCAACCUCUAUGUGUCGGGGCUGCCCAAGUCUAUGACGCAGCAGGACCUGGAGGGCAUGUUCCGCGCCUAUGGCUCUAUCAUCACCUCUCGCAUCCUCUGCGACAAUAUCACAGGAUUGUCAAAGGGUGUGGGUUUUAUCCGGUUUGACCAGCGUAUUGAGGCGGAGCGGGCAAUCCAAAAAUUGAACGGUACCAUCCCAGAAGGCGCAGCAGAGCCCAUCACUGUCAAAUUCGCCAAUAAUCCCUCGAAUAACAACAAAGCCGUGCCGCCAUUGGCCGCGUACCUGUCCCCUCUGACCCGUCGGUAUGGAGGACCUAUCCACCAUCCAGCAGGCCGCUUCCGCUACAUUCCCCUCUCGCCCCU